AUGUCGCGAAGAUCAAUUAGGGUAACUGGCUCGGUCAAGGACACAGUAAUAGCACACUUCGGUCCGUUUUUCUGCUUCUUUGAGAAAUACAAACCGCCACGAGAUGCCACGAAAUGGAACCGUCUACACGAAUGUUUGGACAUGAGUCGGUUCUCUGACCUGAUGAUGGGAAAAAUGAAUGGAACGAGGCUUUAUCAAUUUAGAUUGUCGACAUCUAAGAAGAUUGAUGACGGAAUAGAUCGGAGAUGUGGUUUCGGAAAGCUGAAAGCAGGAUGGAUGCAGAUAUUCAACAGAAUGUCUGUUUUUGUCCUGUGGGUGUUCAUCUUGUGCUUCCUGGAAGGGUUCGCCGUUAACGGUAUUGGCAGCGCUGCACUUCCGUCAAUAGAACGCCAAUUCCAACUGACCUCCACGAAGUCCGCCCUCAUCCCAAGUUCACAGGACAUUGGAGCACUCAUCGUUGUUCUCUUCGUCAGUUUUAUCGGCGGACGCUAUCACAAACCCUUCAUCGUGGCUACAGGAUCCGUGAUAAUGGCGCUAGGCUCAUUCAUCUUUAUUGUUCCACAUAUCGCCGAGACGUAUACUCCCGGUGAAAUAUCCAAGACAUCCAAUGACAUCUGUCCUACAGGAGGUGGAGGAGGCGGCCCUGCGCCUUCUUGUGAAUCUAGUGGAGAGAAGUAUCUUGGAGUAUUCAUGGCCGCCCAGAUUGUUCACGGUUUGGGAUUUACUCCUAUGUUCACACUUGGGACCGUCUACAUUUACGAGAACACAGAUUCCUCGACGGCAGCAGUCUACAUUGGUCUGACGUACGCAGCUGCGGCUAUGGGUGUGGCAGCCGGCUUUUUCGCCGGUGGUCAGCUGACAGAGAAGCUUUUUGUGGACUUCGACAGAAUAGACCAGGAAAGCCUUGGAUUCAACGCCCGUGACCAAAGAUGGAUUGGAGCGUGGUGGGUAGGAUUCGUCAUUUCUGCAGUAGGAUUUUUCUUGAUCGCUGUACCUAUCUACGGCUACCCCAAAUACAUGCCAGGUUAUGGACCAAGUGAAAAACCAAAACAGGAGAAAGACAAAAAGGGUGUGAAGCCAAUGGUUAUCUCUUUUUUCAAAGAUUUAUUAAAAUUGUUAAAAAACCCAGUGUACAUGUUUAUUAACCUGGGUGGAUGUACAACAUCCCUCAUCAUAUCAGGAGUGUCAGCUUUCUCAUUCAAGUUACUGGCGGAGCAGUAUCGACUGAGCUUUGAUGUUGCCGGUUACCUCAUCGGAGGCCUCAUACUCGUUGGAGCUGUUGGCAUGAGUGGAGGCGGAGUACUUGUCAGGAUAUUUAGACUGGAGACAAUUGGGAUGACACGUCUUAGCGUGUUGGUAGCUAUGAUGUCUUCAGCACUUGGGGCCAGUUUCCUUGCUGGGUGCCCAAACGUUAAUUUGGUAGGAUUGUCGGUGCCCUACUCUGACACCAGUACACUGAAUGGCUACAUCGAUGCAUGUCAAGGUUCAUGUGACUGCACGUCCACCUCAUAUUCCCCUGUAUGUGGUCAUGACAAUAACGUGUAUUACUCCGCCUGUCAUGCUGGAUGCACGACUCAAGCAUCAGGAGGUCAGAUGACAACGUUCGGAAACUGUAGCUGUGUAGCCAGUCGUCUGAAUGUGUCGGUGACGGAUGCAAAUGCUGCGGUUGUGUUGGGGAGAUGUGAUGAUAAUUGUACGAAUCUUCAAAUCGUUGUUCCUUGUAUGUAUCUCGCCCUACUCGUCAUCCUCCUAAGUGUCACUCCUACAUCCAUGGUAACACUCAGAUGCGUUGACGAGGAUCAGAAAUCCUUUGCGGUAGGACUACAAUGGAUGUUUCUUAGACUAUUAGGUACAAUUCCUGGACCUCUGUUGGUCGGGGCUGUCCUUGAUGGAACGUGUGAGAUAUGGACGGAAAUUCCUUGCACCAGUAGCAAAUUCUGCAUGAUGUAUGACCUUUCGCGCAUGUCUACAGGGAUCAUGAUGUGGUGGGUUAUCGUAUCCGCCUCGUCCGCCAUGUUCUACCUUAUGGCUUCAAUACUUGCAUCCAGAAACGAAAAGCAUUUCUCGCUUGAUACUGCGAAAUAA